GUGGGGGGUAUAGGUAUGUUGGAAAUAGGUAAAUUAAAGUUCGUUCAAUUCCGUUUUUCCCUCCUUCUCAAAAAGCGUCACGGGAAGAUACCGAAACAAGUGAGUGAGUGCGGUACCGCCGAGAAUGAAACAACUAAAAUUACCGGUAAGUGACGCUGUCCCACUGUACCAUUAAUAACGAACGAACGGGAAAAUUUGGAUACAAACAAGAGGCAUUCCUAAAGUUAUUAUGGAGGCGUUACAAGCACAAUUGGAACAGCUGUUAAAACAAAACGAAGCGCUAACGUUGAAGCUGCAAGUACAGCAGCAGCAGCAAUAUCAGCAGGAAGCAGAGCACCAGGUCAAUGAAUGCAAACGUUUGCAACCAGCCGAGGUGCACCGAGUGUCGGUGAAAUUACCACCGUUUUGGAAAUACAAGCCGUACCUUUGGUUUGCCCAGGUAGAGGCGCAGUUCGAAAUCGCGCACAUUACGCAGGAGACCACCAAGUAUUCAUACGCAUUUAUAAAUAGCGGAACCAAUGAAAAUGAAGUUCUUAUAAUGUGUCACUGCGUAGUACGUAAUCACUCAUAAAUAACAUUUUCCUGCUAACCUACAAUUGUGCAGUGUUUAUGUUGGCGGUAGUUCUUUUCUUUUCGUGCAAGAGCAUAGUAGUGAAGGAUGAAUGAGUUGAAAGAAGUUUCGCUUUACGAUCCUGUGGGAAGUAAAAACUACACUGUCUUUUAAAUGAAAGUGAUGCUUGUCGUGUUGAUACAGGUAAAAGACUGGAGAAAUAUAUCCGAUUAUUCUUCCUCUGUUUCAUUUUGUAGAUAUUGAGUUUGCACAGGCACUGUUAUUCCAUGCGAUAUGUACAAGCUCUACGUCGAAUGAAAGUGCACAAGUCCAGGUGUUGCCGAGAUCUUCCACUUCCUCAUCUGUGGCAUCUGAAAAUGUUUGUGAAGAAGUAGAAGUACCUGCCACAAGAGAAAAACGAAAACGAUUUCGAUUUUCAGAAAAUGACAAUAUUAAAUGUAUCAAGGAGUUAUUCAACGUGUUGGCAGAAGAUAGUGUGCAUAGCGAGGAUGAAUUGUGGGCGAAAGUGCAUGAGAUGCUAAUGUAUGAUAAUCCAGAUCGGUUUAAGACAUGUAGUUUGCGAUUACUAAAAGAUCAUAUGCUUGAACAAAUUUGUAAAUAUCGUAAAUACGAUUCUGAAGAGGCAUCAGAGUCUGGAAAGGAGAGAUUGCAAACACCUUGGGGGGCUAAUAUGAGGGAAUUAAUGGAAGUGUGGGACACAUAUACGAAACUUGUGAAUGCUGAUAAGGUGUUACAUACGGCAAAUGCACCUGGACGUCCAAAGAAAGGUAGCGAAACACAGAAAAAGAAUGAAGUAGAAGUAGCUAGAAGAAUCAGAGAUGCAGCUUUAGGUACAAUCACACAGAGUUGUACAAAUGAGUUACAAACAGUUCAAGAGCAGAGGUCUACAUCAGAUGAUGGUUGUCAAACACCUACUGCACGACAGCACACCAAAGUUGCAACAAAAAGAAGAACUAAUAAAGAUGAGAUGUAUUUGCAUACCUAUCAGAGAAAGCCAGAUUAGAAGCUGAAUUCAAAAGGGACGAAUUAAAGUUACGAAAGCAACAGCAUGAUGACAACAUUAAGCUACAAGGGGAAACAUUAAAAUUUAAACAAGCCCAACUGGAUUUUGAGAAGGAAAAAUGGAAACUAGAGGCCGAAGAAAGACGUUCAGAAAUGGAAAGAAGUACUAAUUUAUUGCGUAUGCUUUACGAUAUUAUAAAAAAAUAGUAGUCUGUAAACUAUAUACAUAUGUCUGUUUAGUUAUGUAAGGAUUUUGAAUUAUGGUAUACAAUAUACAUUGCUAUUGAAAAUAUUCUCUUAAAGUAGGAGAUUCCACAUUGAAAUAAGUAGAUGUUGCACUUC